AUGGGCACUGAUAGGCGGCACUGAUGGGCACUGAUAGGCAGCACUAAAGGGCACUGAUAGGCAGUACUAAUGAGGAUUGGGAACAGGGCCGGACUUACAACUCAUGGGGCCCUCGGGCAAUAGGGGAUCAUGGGGCCCCUGGGUCCUUGCCCACACUCAAACCACACCCAAAAAAGCCUAUGAAAGGUACCAGGGACAUCUCAUGGGGCCCCCUACUGACCCGGGCCCUCGGGCAGUUCCCCUGAUUGGGAAGAUACCUAUUGGGACUGAUGGGGGAAAAUUGCAAGAGCGAAGAUCAGGGCCUUUG